AUGAGCGACGCCGGCGGCGACGGGGUCUCCUCUGCGGCGGCCGCCGGGAGGCGGAUCCCGCCCGCCUCGUCCAUGCCGUGGGUCCGCAACCUCCGCCGCUUCGUCGGCACGGGCGCCGGCCUCGGAUCCGAGGCCCUCAUGGAACUGGAGACUAAAAGGAUAUUGCUUGAGAUUUUCAAGGAGCGCCAGCGGAAGAGUGCUGAAGCUGGUUCCAUCCCAAGUUUUUACAAGAAGAAACCUGAAGAAGGAUCCAUUAGCUCUAGAGUUCAGAGGUUGGCCAAGUACAGGUUUCUAAAGAAACAAUCAGAGCUGCUGCUGAAUGCUGAUGAUCUUGAUGCCAUGUGGGUUUGUCUCAGAGAAAAUUGUGUUAUUGAUGACGCUACUGGUGCUGAAAAGAUGAAUUAUGAAGAUUUCUGCCAUAUUGCCACAGUCUGCACGGAGCAGAUUGGUCAGAAAUGCAAACGUUUCUUCAGCCCUUCAAACUUCAUGAAGUUUGAGAAGGAUGAUUCUGGGAGGAUUGCUAUCCUACCAUUUUAUCUUUAUGUUAUGCGAACAGUUUCUCUUACUCAAGCAAGAAUUGAUAUGAGUGAGCUUGAUGAGGAUUCUGAUGGUUUCCUUCAGCCUCAUGAAAUGGAAGCAUAUAUUAGAGGACUCAUCCCCAAUUUGGCACAAUUGCGUGACAUGCCCACUGCAUUUGUUCAGAUGUACUGCCGCAUAGCUGCACGCAAGUUCUUUUUCUUCUGCGAUCCACACAGACGGGGGAAAGCAUGCAUAAAGAAAGUGUUGCUGAGUAAUUGUCUUCAGGAGCUAAUGGAACUGCAUCAGGAGAGUGAGGAAGAGGUAACCGAUGCUGAGCAGGCAGAAAAUUGGUUUUCCUUAACUUCAGCUCAGCGCAUAUGUGACAUGUUUCUUGCACUGGAUAAGGAUACGAAUGGUACACUGAGCAAACAAGAGCUCAAGGAAUAUGCAGAUGGCACAUUGACUGAGAUUUUCAUUGAAAGAGUUUUUGAUGAGCAUGUCCGCCGGAGCAAAGUUGGAGUUGGAAACAGUCGUGAGAUGGACUUUGAAAGCUUUCUUGAUUUUGUUUUGGCUCUAGAAAACAAAGAUACCCCUGAAGGCUUGACAUAUUUAUUUAGAUGCGUUGAUCUUAAUGGAAGGGGAUUCCUUACAACUGCAGAUAUCCAUACUCUAUUUAGAGACGUACACCAGAAAUGGAUUGAGGGCGGGAACUAUGAGCUUUGCAUAGAAGAUGUGAGGGAUGAAAUCUGGGACAUGGUGAAGCCCGCAGAUCCUCUCAGGAUCUCGCUGUCAGAUCUUCUUUCUUGCAAGCAAGGCGGGACUAUCGCCAGCAUGCUUAUAGAUGUGCGUGGCUUCUGGGCCCACGACAACAGGGAGAACCUUCUCCAGGAAGAGGAAGAGCAAGUGGAAGAGGCAUGA